GCGAUGGCGGCGUAGGCAGGCCGUGCUGCGUUCGGCACAAAGUUCAUUCCAGUCAGGAACGGGGAAGGGGACGUGGACGCGGAUAGCGACGUCGCGCGCGGAGCCGCAGGCCAACUUUUCGUAGGGCGGAAAAACAGCAGAGCGCGGAGUCAUUCGUGUCACUCCGCUACUGGCUUUCUGCGGAGUCACAUGAGCUCCGCCGGAGAGAAGCGGACCCCGUCUCCUCCUGCGUCUCUCCGCGGUAAUCGGACCCUCUUUGGCCGCUUUAAGCCUCCCAUCUGUCUCGAGCUGAACGGGCCACGACUGCGCGCUCCCGCGGCUGGCCGGACUGGAGCUGCUCUCGAUGAAUGCUCUGCUUUACCAUGAUGACAGACCAGCCGCACCCACCGCUAGAGGCCACACCUAUGCUGUCUGAGGUGCCCCUUGUUCAGCACAUGCUCAAUGGAGACAGCAUGCAGCAGAUGAUUCUGGUGCAGGUGAAUCCUGGGGAGACCUUCACCAUCCGCACAGAGGAUGGACAAGUUCGGUGCAUCACAGGACCAGCGCAUGUGCCCAUGGUUUCCCCCAAUGGCACCAUGCCACCUAUCUAUGUGCCCCCUGGGUACAUGUCUCAGGUGGUGGAGGAGAAUGGUGUUCGAAAAGUAAUGGUUUUGCCCCAGACGACAGAGUUUCACCCCUCCAUGCCACCGCCACCACCACUUCACGUGCCUCAGUACUUGCCCCCACACCCUGCAAUGCUGCACCAGCACCAUAUGUAUCCCAGGGAAAUGCCCCCCCAUUUCAUGCACCAGCUUCCUCCUCCACAGAUGUACAGUGAGCAGGGUGUAGAUGUAGCUUGCCAUAGUGCAUCUGGACCUCCACGUGAAGAUCGAGCAUCCAAGUCACAGGACCACCUGCACAGGCGGCUGGCCGCAAGCAGCAGCGUACGCAUCACUCGCAGCCCCCCACCCUCUCCACUCAAGGGCCCCUCUCCUGCUCCCCCCAACAAUGGUCAGAAUGGCCAAAAUAAGGGCCUCGUGACUCCAGCAGCUUCCCCAGGCCCUACAAAACAGAAAGCCCCUGGUGCACCAUCCCCCUCAGACACAGAGAAUGCAGAAGUCGUGGCAGAAAUGCCCAAUAUUCUUGAGCAGCUGUCUGGCAUGUCCAAACCCACAGUGCUCAACGUUACAUCUCGUUCAGCCAUCCUAUCCUGGACACCCCUUGCCGGUUUGCAGAAUACAGACCCCAGAAGUGCAGAAGCUCCCUUGCUCUUGAACUAUGAGCUGGCCUUGUCACGCAAUGGCAGUGAUGGUGUCUUCUCUCCCAUCUACUUGGGGCUGGAGACCACCUUCACAGUAGAGGACCUGCGCCCGGCCACAGCCUACUACAUCAAAGUAUGCGCGUCCUGUGGCUCUGUGAAAGGGCCUUCGUCUGAGGUGGCUGACUUCACCACAAUGUGUGCCCCCCCUGAAGCCCCAGCACCACCACGAGUAAUUCUUCAUAGCAAGAGCACCCUGGUCCUACAGUGGAAGGCGCCCAAUGACAAUGGAUCAAAAAUCACUGGUUAUCUCUUGGAGUUCGACGAGGGAAAACAAAGUGCCUUUAAAGAGGUUUACUUUGGGCAUGCCAAACAGUACAAGAUUGUCAAACUUACCCCUUCAACAAACUACGCCUUCAGGAUAGCGGCUAAAAAUGACAUUGGAAUGAGUGCAUUCAGCGAAGUGAUGACUUGCUGUACAGCAGGCAGUGCCCCCCAGCCGCCUGCACCACCUCGCCUGUCUGCUUCAGGGGUGUCCUGGCUGACACUGGAGUGGAACAUCCCUGGUGGACUAACUGCUGGAGACACGCUUACCUACACCCUGGAAAUGGAGGAGGAGGGAACGGGCUAUGGCUUCAAGCCAAAAUACAACGGGGAAGAGCUUUCCUGUACUUUAAAGGGGCUCAGAAGGAGCACAUCCUACAGGUUUCGGGUGCUGGCAGCAAAUGCAGAGGGGCGUAGCCAGCCCAGCGUCCCUGUAGAGUUCAGCACAACACCAGACAAACCGGGUGCCCCUGGCCGUCCGGCACUAAGAGGCCGGGUUCAGCCGCGCUGUCUGCACACAGUCUGGGAUGCACCAAAAGAUGAUGGAGGAUCUCCAGUUACGCAGUACGUUCUAGAGAUGGGUCAGAAUCACAAUGAUAAUGGGUGGGAGGUGGUGUACAGUGGCCCACUGAGGGAACAUGUGUGUGAUAGCCUCAAGCCUGGCACCUGGUACAACUUGAGAGUCUACUGCCAGAGUGCAGGAGGGCAGAGUCAGGCUUCAGAAAGCCUCACGGUUCAGACUGCUCCUGUGCCUCCUGGGCCGUGCCAAGCGCUGCAGCUAGCAGGGAAAGCCAGGCCACGAGACAUACCAUUGACAUGGGGGCCUCCACUAGAGGAUGGUGGUGCUCCUGUCUCGCAGUACAUUGUGGAAAUGUCAGACUCCACACAAGGCCCUCAUCGCACGUUCUACCAGGGUCUGGAGACAGACUGCAGUGCCUGCCAGCUGGUGCCUGGGCACAAAUACUGCUUCUGGGUGAAAGCAGCCAACCAGGCGGGGUGGGGCCCACUUUCAGAGAUGUAUGAGUUUUCCACUGCGCCUGGGCCUCCGGAGCCAUGUGGCCCCCCACAGCUCGCAGUGAAGACGCCCACUUGUGUCUUGGCUAGUUGGGAGAUUCCAGCAUGCAAUGGGGCAGAGGUUUUUGAGUUCCGGAUGGAAUGGGGUGCUGCCGAGGGCACGUUGACACUAACCUACUGUGGCCCAGCCCCUGGCUAUGAAGCACGGAACCUUCUCCCUGCCACGGCCUAUUACUGCAGGGUGCAGGCAGUGAAUUCUGUAGGUGCAGGUCCAUUUGGAGAUGUCGCCAUGGUGACUACCCCACCUUCAGUCCCAGCUGCAGUCCGCUCGGUUGCGGUUGUCGGAGAGGACGCGCUAGCAGAAAGUCUGGCUGGCCCCGCCUCAUGUCUGGCUUUGCGGUGGGAGGAGCCCUGCUCCCAUGGUGCAGAAAUAAUUGGCUACAAUAUAGACUUUGGGGAGCAGGUCCCCAUAUCUGUUGGAAAGACCAAUCACUACAUAUUGGAGAAUUUACAGCCAGAUACAACAUACAGGGUUCGGGUGCAGGCCAUCAAUGGCAUCGGGGUGGGGCCGUUCAGUGCAUCCCUGAAAGCCAGGACCCGACCUCUCCCCCCAGAACCCCCCACGCUGGAGUGUGCAGCAGCGGGCCCACAGAGCCUCAAGCUUAAGUGGGGUGAUGGCCCAAGCCGAGGGCAGCUGAGUGGGGCAACACAGUACUGUCUGCACAUGCAGGCUAGUGCAGACAGGUUGGUGUGCAUCUACAGUGGCCCCUGCCACACAUUCAAGGUGCAGCGCCUGAGCGAGGCCACGGUUUAUCAGUUCAGCAUCCAGGCGCACAACGAGGCUGGUGUGGGGCCACUGUCCCCUCUGUACAGCUUCAGCACCUCCAGGUCCCCUCCACCCCAGCUUAAAGCCCCCCGAGUUGAUCAACUGGAAUCGAAUCACUAUGAAGUCACGUGGGAGGCCCUACAGUCAAUGCGAGGAGACCCCAUUGUGUAUACUCUGCAACUGCAGCGGGGCCGUGAGCUUGAGCAGUUGUACAGGGGCCCUGCUUCUUCAUACAAGUGGCACGGUGUUGUACCUGUUUGCGACUGGCGUCUACGCGUGUGUGCAGGUCGCAGGUGCCCCGACGGCGUGGAGCUGUGGGGUCCAUACAGCCCCAGCAUAGCCCUCCCUGGCCCAGAGCCCCCAGCAGCAUCAGAGAGCGUGGCAGGGUCUAGGGCUACAUCCAGAGAUGGAGUGGCUCCCAGGAAAGACCGAGCCAUUACAGAUGAACAGUUUGCUCUGCUGCUUCUCCUGGGCUUUGCUAUCGUGGCAAUUCUCUUUGCUGUGCUCAUCCAGUACUUUGUCAUCAAGUAGGUCCCUCUCAGGGCUCCCACAUUCACCAAUUCACACAUCCCAGUUGGAGGCAUUUUAUUUUUCCUAUUCAUCAUCAUAUUAUUAUUAUUAUUGUUAUUAUUAUUUUUAUUUGUUUUACAAAAUAUGUUAUCAUAUAUUUCCAGCAAUAGGUACUUUUUCGAUGUGGUGAUUUAUUUACUUCUCCCCUUGACCAAUGUGAAUGGUGACUUAGUGGGUUGUUGAGUGGAAAGUGUUUAACAGCUGGACGUGGCACUGUAGACGCGUGCGGGGCCGGCCGAGUCGCGUACCCGUAAGUCGGUAAACCAGCGGCCCAAGUGUCUGCCAAGGGUAGGAACUGUGUGCAUGAGAACGUGUGAGCAGAAGGUUACAGGUUUUUCCAGUGUCUGAUGUUGGUCAGCUGGUCAGGGCCUGAGUGUUUCUGUCAGCCUCCGUCUUUGAUUGGCUGUCACGGAAACUCCCAUCUGCUUUGUGGGAAUUUCUGAAGAUAUUUCAGCUUUAUAUUGUACACUGUCAUUCAGAGUAGCUGUGAAUUGAGCUUUCCUCUAUUUAAUAAACAUGUUGUUUUUAACAGACAAACCAUGAAAAGGGAGAAGUUGCCAAAGUUUUUAUGAAUUCCGUUUGACAUGCUUGAAAAACUCAUCAGAGGUCAUCGUUCCCAUAUCUUUUUUUUUUUAUAAAAAUCCACUAACAUCAUGAAUAACUUCAGAGACACAAGUUACCUUGGCUGAAAAAUUGGGAGAAUUUUUUUCCUGUCAUCACCUCUGCGUGUAUAUAUACAUACGUAUAUUAUGUUUAUGUAUAUAUAAAUAGACAGUACCUAUAAGAUACAAGAAAUAUGCAUUUGUUAUAAAUGUCUCUAUUUGGCUCAAACUGAGCACCAUGAUCCUGUUCUGUGUGUUGAGCUCUGUGUGCAUUGUACGUUUUGUACGUUCAGGCUGAAAAGUAAAUGGGUGGGUAUGGGCUUGUUCAGUGUCUCUGGAGAACAGGCGGCGAUUCCUAUUGCCAGUACGCGUACCCAGUGCACCCCUGGGCUAUAUCGGUUACCGUUGUACUGUAAACACAAGUUCGUUUUGGCCAUGGUCAGUGUUUCCUCCUUUGUCACACAGAUAAACCCAAAUUUAAUUUGCCACUCAAACUUAUUGUUUGCUCUAUUAGUUCUAAUGAGGUUGAGUUGUUCUGUGAUUAACUGUGCUGAAGUGAUCAUUGUGCCCCUAAAGGAGUUCACUUUUUACAGAGGCAACUGUAAGGGAUUUUAUCUUUGUGUCUCACAUUUUGCUGGCCAUGAUUGUGAGUGGGUUGCCACACUAACUGUAGCACCUUGUCCAGUCUGUGAACUGUUGAUGCAGGCAGGACUGGUCCCCUUUGGCACUGACAGUUUAAGAGCGCUGUGUCUGGGUUAGGUGGGGUGAGGUGAGUAGACCGACAUGUUAGGGAUUUCCACCGUGUCUGCACUCUUAACUGCAAAAAGUGUACAAGAAUAUCAGCUGGCCGCUGGGAAUACUGUUCAGCACGCCACACACAGGUGAAAGGGGAGAUUGGUUUGGUCCCCCCCCCCCCCCCCCCCUUUUCCUUGGCUGUUUAUGUUAAACACUGUUCAAUCAAUCAGAAAACUUGUGCUUACAGAUUUAAAAAGGGAAGUUGUGCUUUGUGGGUAGACUGACACGUUGUGAAUGUCUUUGGUUCCUGUGAGUUGGGUGGUACUCUCCUGUUUUGGACAAAGAGGUAUUCAUAAAUGAAUGUUCUUAAUUAAAGCUGGACGGAGCCUGAAGGCUACUUGUGUCCUGUAAGGUCCUUGUUUAUAACGCUUAGAGUGUGGGCUACACAUGAGCACUCCCUUGGAGCAGCCUGUCAAGCGUCUGCACACAGCUUGGCCUCCAGCCGAAGACAUGGUUGUCUCACCCGUGACAAGUUUCUACUGCAAAUUCCCUGUUUAAAUCUGUCUUCUGUUUGUAUGUGAGUUGUGAUGUCCUGUACCUUCUGCAAGACUUGAGCUCAACUGUGCAAGGAGGCAGCCUCUGGUGCUGUAGUUCAGCUGCAUCCUUUUACCCAGAACCCGUGUUCACUCUGACUCGUGCAUAACGCAGGUGCGCUAACCGUCGGUCACUCUCAUACACCUGAUAUCUUUGUUUUGGAGGUGAGGGAAAGUGUAGACAAGAAGGCAGUCUUAUAAUGAAUAGUUAAAUUGUGAUCAUGUGUCUGUCUGCUGUUUUUGUUCUUGCUCGUUCUUUUAAAACUAAACUGGAAAUUUCCUCAGAGCUCAUUCUGCUGCGUUGAGUAUCGGUCCGAGCGUCCGUCUGUGUGCUUGUCAAGGCGCAGUACUGUUUUACACUAAAGCCUUAUCUCUCUGGCCUCUGCACACUGUUUGCUCAUUCCCGCUUGUGCCUGCUUCUGCAGGGCUUAGUGGCACCUCAGCCACACAGCUUCUCAGCUUCAGCCCGGGAGGGUAGCCCCCGGAACAUCGGAGGGUGCUCUUUUCCAAAGAUUUUUAAUUCUAGUUUCUUCUGUCUGUUCCACAUGAAAUAUGAACAUCAAGCUGCUUCUCUUAUCUGAACUCUUCAGUGGAGUUGCGAGACCGACUGAAUGCAGAACGUGUUCACCACCGCCUCUCGUGUCACUCCAUCGCCAUAAGACCAAUUCAGAUCUGAAGGAUGCUUGUCUAGGAGUUGUAUUGCAGCUCUGUAAACAGCAGCAACCCCUCAACUCAAGUUACCCUCCGCUUACCUCGAUGCCCCUAAACCUGCACUACUAAUGCAAAGUGCACAGUUGCACCAUUUAGGGUUCUGCACGGAAACAGUAACGAGUUCUGCUUGUCGUGGGUUUUCCACAUGGUUAUGGAGUAACGCUGUCUGAGUGUACGCUUUGGUUCUGCACAACACACAUGCUUUCUGCAGAGCUAGAGACUUGCAUUGUCUAAAUUUAGUUUGCAAACCAUUUGUGACGUACAAAGGAAAAGCACAGCUGCUAAUAAUUUGUAUUUUCAGAUUUAUUACCCCCCCCCCCCCAACCCCUUCCAAACAUGCAGAAAUGGAACACCGCAGAGUAUGUUGUUUUUUGUGACAUGCGUGUGGUUUCUGGUUCGGUAGUUUUAUACAGUGGGACAUGUGAAGUCUGUAGUGUGUCCCUGACUCUCCAGGUCAGUUAAUUGUCAGAGUUAUGUCUCCUGGUCAUUCAUGUGGCAUUUUACUGUGGGGGCUACAUACUGUCUAGGUACUGCUCCCUGGCACAUGAAACAGGAGUGUUUGUACGCCCAGCCCCCUGGUCUAACUGCAGGACUUCUGCAUAUGGCCACCCAUUGUCACAUGUCUUCCCAAACAAAACAGGUUACGCAGCUGAGAGGUGCAGGGCUCACCCACCGCCACCCCCAAAUGAGGAGAGUGAUGGGGGAGCGAGUCUGUGCCCCUGAAGCCCCGAGGAGUCUGCUGCUGCUGCUACUGCUGUAACUCUAGGGUUCCUCUAGUAUCGGUGUGGGUUUUUUUUUUCCUCCCCCCCGCCCCCAUCUAGACACACUCUGCCACGGGGACACGUAAACAACCCAGAUACUGUGCGAGACGGAUGACUUUGACACCUUGGUCUCCAUCCUCCUACUGUGCGUGUUUUUAGAACAUUCUCGUCGCCUUGUUUGCCUUUUUCUAUUGCUUUUUCAGCAGACAAAUGUAAUACAUUCCAAAAACGUACUUUAUCUGCAUUGUCGCUUUUGUUUCUUGUUUUUUGAGUACUUUCAUAAACCUAUGUUAAUAAACUGCCAUGUAUUAUGUUAUUACUAAAUUGUAACAAUCAUAGAUAAUAU